AUGCCCUUAGAUCUCUUUUCUCCGUGUCGCAUAGCGAGUACAAGCCUGUAUCGCCACCGGCCGACUAAGAGUCAUGGCGGCAGAGUGGAAAGCGGCGAUUCGCGCAAACUUUCCUUCCCCCGCCCCUUGCUCUCUCCCCCGCUUCCGCUCCCCCCUUCCGACGGGUCGUCCGCCGUCCCUUCCCCCGAGUCCAAAUCCGGCGGAACGGGCAGCGGAAGCGGGCGGAGCUGUAGCGCAGGCGGCGGAACCGGCGGCGGAACUGGGGGCAGGGAGGGCGGGGAAAGGGCGGGAAAAGGGGAGCGGCCGUGGCAUGCGCCGAUUGACCCGUCCCCAACCACUCCGCUGCAGCUGAAGCUGAGUCCGUCCGCGGGGGAAGAGGGGCGCGACGCGGAGACGGCGGGGAGGAGCGUCGCGCGGGGUGCGCCGGAGGGGAGAGAUGGCGGAGAGUUGGAGGCGCCUUCGGGGGGAGAGUUUUCCGCCGCUUGUGCGUCCGCCGGUUCGUUCUCCGCCAGAACUUGUAGCGGAGGCGGCGGGGAUAAACGCGCUGCUGUACCUGCCCAGCUAAAAUUAUCUCUGCCCGGGUCUGGGUCUGUUGCUCCUCUUGACGAGAGCCUGUUUGAAGUGGAAGAGGAAGGGGAAGGGGAAGGGGAAGAGGAGGAGGAGGGGGAAGAGGAGGAGGGGAGGGAAGAGGAGGAAGCAGAAACAGAAGAAGAGGAGGGGGCAAGAGUGGAGAGCGAGGGAGCAAGUGGGGAUAUGGAUGAGAAUAGGGAUCAUAUGGGGGAAGUGGAGGAGGAGGAGGAGGAGGAGGAGGAGGAGGAGGAGGAGGAGGAGGAGGAGGAGGAGGAACGGGACGACGGCAAAAUAUUGCAUACUGCAGCCGAAGCUACUGCCGCUACUGAUGCUACAGCAUGUGAAGCAGCUCCCAGCGUGUCUGCGCAUGACCUAAGAUUGGCCUCUCUGCCGGCUGCCGUGUCCGAAGCACAGCCACACAGCAAGCACGAGCACCACCGCUCACGCUUCUUUCACUCCGCCUCUGGAAAACUCACCGCGUUUUUUCAAAAGCUGCCCAAAAAACUGCCCAAAAACAUCCACCUCCUGCGGUCCCCGCGCGGUUCGUCCGGGCAUGCAGCCGCCCAUGACGUGCGCCUCACGCCGCCCCAACCGCUCCUUCCCCUCAAACCGCUUGCCACUCCAGUCCACGCGCUGCCGCCCGAUGCCGCCCCAGCCCGCCCCCUGGCGCCUGCGGAAGCUUCUCAGCAGGUGCAGCAGGGCCGUGUGGGUAGGCCCUUGGAGGAGGCUGGGCGGAGAGGUGAAGGGAAGGCGCGGCAGGAUUGGCAGGGGGAGGGCGAAGAGGAGGUCGAUGAGAGAGAGGCUAGUGAGGAGGAGGAGCGAGGGGGCAGUUUGGUGCAGAACAGGACUGAGCGGCGCGAGCAGAGUGCAGGCAGCGGCGAGAGUCCCUGCAGUGUGGUUACCAGCAGCAGUAGGGUUACCAGCAGUACCAGCAGUCGGGUUACCAGCAGCACACGCAGCAGAGAUGGUAGCCUUGGAAACAGCAAUGCGUGCACUCCAGAGGAAAAGGAAACCACCGCUGCUGCGCUUCAGAGUGCCUCUCAGUCAGCCGCUUGUGCUGCUGCUGCUGCUGCUGAUGAUGCUCCCAGCAGCACCACUGCUCCCACCGCUGCUGAGUCCUUGAGCGCUGCUCUUGCUGCUGAUUCCAAAAUCACCCCUGCUGCUGCUGAUGCUGCCAACGGUGCCACUGCCACUGGCGGUAUUCUCAAGGGCGCACACUUGGGCUUGAGCCGGGCGGCGGAUCAUAUCUUGAGGCAGGCGUACGAGGAUCUGAGCGAGAGAUACGCGGUGGAGGGGCGGCAGCUGGGCAGCGGGCAGUACGGCGUGAUUCGGCGGUGUGUGGAGGAGGGCACGGGGCGGGUGCUGGCGUGCAAGACAAUCGACAAGCGGAAGAUCAAGACGCCAGCUCAAGCCAGUGACCUGCGGAGUGAGGUGGCAACCCUGCAGCUGCUGCACGGGCACCCAUCAGUCAUCACACUCAUCGAUGCUGUUGAGGACCCCCACCACGUGCACCUGCUGAUGGAUCUCUGUUCGGGCGGCGACCUAUUCGACCGCAUCUCGCUGGGCGGCGCGCUGAGCGAGAAGUGCGCGGCCGGCGUGUGUCGGCAGCUAGCGGAGGCGCUGCUGCACUGCCACCGGCAGGGCGUGGUGCAUCGAGACGUGAAGCCAGAAAAUAUCCUCCUGGUGGGGGGGCGAGGAGGAGAGAAGGGAGGUGAGAGAGGAGCAAAAGCCGUGGCGGAAGGAGGAGAAGGAGGCAACGGCAAGAUGCAAGACGCCAAGGCUCCGCGGAUCAAGCUUGUGGAUUUCGGAAUCGCGCGGUUCUUCCGAGACGGGGAGAAAAUGCGGGACUGCCUGGGCACUCCCGAGUACAUGGCUCCGGAGCUACUCCUAGGGUCGUACGGGCCUGAAGUGGACGUGUGGAGUGCGGGCGUGGUGACUUAUAUAGCCAUCUGUGGGCAUCCGCCCUUCUGGGCUUCGGCUUCCAUGGGGCAGUCGCUGCAGGAGGCGAUUCUGACCAGGGAUGUCACGUUUGCGACGCCUGGAUGGGUCACCCCUGGAUACGCAGCAGCGAGAGCAGCUGAAGAGCCCCUGAACAGCAGCGAGAGCAGCUGA